AUGGAUGCAUCAGACGAGCCGCAAUCGGUCAAGGCUCUCUUCGAGACCGCCGAGGCUAAACGACAGGCCUUUGAGGCCGCACCCGAUGCCCGAUCGCCAGCGUAUGCUGCGGAGCUCCAAGCAACGCUGGCAUUAUACUCCAAGACACGAGACCAGAUUGCUGGAGUGUCUCUGUUUUCCGCAAACGAGGGUAUUGAAGAUAUCGCCACUUCCUCUUUGCCAUACAUGCUAGUAGACUUCCAAGCGGCGGAGCUCAUCCAGCGAACACAGUUUGUUGACAUGCCCCAGCGUGGACGAACCUUACGCCAGGCGCGAGCAGCCUACGAGAGCUUCCUAAGCCUACUGGAUGGAUAUGGUCUUAUUACUGGAACAUACGCCAAGAUGCUCGAACGAUACUACGACGACAGAGAGCAGUUUGCCGCCGUCGCCGCCACAGACGCAGCUGGUCGAAGAGAUGGCAAAAUCGCAAGCUUCAAGGCAGAGAAAGAGCUGCGCAACAAGCUAGAGACGUUAAAGAGAAACCCGAGAUACCUCGAGAACGGCGAUGAAGAAUUAGUCAGAGAGGUUCACCUCACUAACAUCUCGUUUGCCACACACACAACAUUCCAAGCACUCGACUCAAUGAACCGCGAACUACCAAUGAUAGCACAAGCCCCUACUGCUCCACCUCCAUCGACGACUCCUGCACAAGGCGGCAACGAAAGAAGUCGCCAGAAAGAAGAUGAAUCGUCGUGGCGAUUAGACCAGCCCUUCUCACAGCGCAUAGGCGGCGGCGGACCGCUUCUGUCCAAGGAAGGAAAACCGUUACAGCCCUUUACUCUGGUUGGCUCCAGGAAAGACUUGGCAAAGGGCGUCUUCCGACCCGGCCACAAUCUCCCUACAAUGUCGAUAGACGAGUACUUGGAGGAAGAAAAGCGUCGGGGCGGUAUUCUGGAAGGCGGCACAGAUCCCCAGAAGCCGCAAGUGGAUGAAGACGAUAUGGAUGCCGUGGACCGCGAGACUUAUAAAGCUAGAGAGUGGGAUGACUACAAGGACGAUAAUCGCCGUGGCGCUGGUAACACGCUGAACAUGGGAUAA